CACGCGCACACAAAAAGUACAGCGGUCGCUACUUGUUUUGUUGACAAUCGAUUAUCUAACACUAGAAGUCCUGCUUUACCGAAACAUCAGCUCAAAUGGCCUCGUUUCACCGCAAACCGGCGUCUUCCUCGAGCCAAAAGAAGAAGGCAACUUCUAAACACGAGCUCACCGAGGAGCAGGUGCAGGAAGUCAAGGAGGCUUUCGACCUCUUUGACACGGAUGGGACCGGGACGAUAGACGUCAGAGAGCUGAAGGUUGCCAUGAGAGCUCUGGGUUUUGAACCAAAGAAAGAAGAGAUCAAGGCGGUGGUGUCAGAGUUCGUUAAAGGCAGCUCUGGAACUGUUGAUUUUAGUGAAUUUCUCAGUAUAAUGACACAGAAAAUGAAUGAAAAGGACUCCAAAGAGGAAAUAUUGAAAGCUUUCCGGCUGUUUGAUGACGACUGCACGGGAAAAAUAACGUUCAAAAACCUGAAGCGAGUCGCCAAGGAGCUGGGAGAGAACCUCACCGACGACGAGCUGCAGGAAAUGAUUGACGAAGCAGACCAAGAUGGAGACGGUGAAGUCAGUGAGGAAGACUUCCUGCGGAUAAUGAAGAAGACUAAUCUUUACUGAACGUGUCGGCGUUUAAAACGAGACGCUUUUUUGAUUUCACUGGUUUCAGUUCAGUUUUUCUUUCCAGGCAC